CAGCAGCCCCUGCUCCCUCCCUGCUGCCGUCUGCCACUGAGGCCAGACGACCCUGGGCCAGCCUCGGGGAGAGCAUCAGCAUGGCAGGUGGAUUCUGGCUGGCAGCCGGCGCCCUGACGGUGAUCCUGGGCACAGUGGCCCCUCAGCAGGACGUGUGCCGCGCUCCAGACGGCAAAGACGGCUACCCCGGAGUGCUGGGGCUCAACGGGAGGCCAGGGCAGAAAGGGGACAGGGGCGAGCCAGGGGCGCCAGGGAGAAGGACCGGGAUCCAGGGACCCAAGGGUGAUGAGGGGGAACCCGGGGCUCCUGGCAUGCCAGGGAACCAGGGCUUCCGAGGGCCAGAUGGCCCCCCCGGGCUCCCCGGGCAGCCAGGGAAGAAGGGAGGCAAAGGCCAGGCUGGCAAUGUCAAGGACCAGCCCCGUCCUGCCUUCUCGGUCUCCCGGAAGAACCCGCCCCGUGGCGGGGAAAUCCUGGUGUUUGACAACCUCAUCACCAACGCCAGCACCUCCUACAGCACGACCACGGGCAAGUUCACCUGCCGGGAGCCCGGCCUCUACUACUUCGCCUUCCAGGUGGUCUCCAGCGGGAACCUCUGCCUCCACCUGCUGCACUCUGGGAACCGGACGCUGGGCUUCUGCGACAGCAACAGCCGGGGCCUCCUGCAGGUGAACUCCGGGAGCAGCGUGCUCAGCCUGGCCCAGGACGACACGGUCUGGAUCGAGAGCGACCCCGCCACCGGCAACAACGUGUACAGUGGCACGGAGGCCGACAGCGUCUUCAGCGGCUUCCUGCUCUUCCCGGAGGGCUAGUGAGGCCCCAAGUCGGUUGCUUCCGGGUGCCAGCGUGGCAGGGAGGAAGCCGCCGCUUUGUGUGCUGACUGCGGUGGGCCGGCUGUGCGUACAGACCCAGGCUCUGCUCACGCCGCUGCUCCGCAUGCCCCACCGCCACGGCCCUGCCCGCGUAUGAACGCUGCCGCUCCAUGGCCCUGCCUGCUUACAAAUGCCACCGCUUCCACGGCCCUGCCCGCGUAUGAACGCUGCCGCUCCAUGGCCCUGCCUGCUUACAAAUGCCACCGCUUCCACGGCCCUGCCCGCGUAUGAACGCUGCCGCUCCAUGGCCCUGCCUGCUUACAAAUGCCACCGCUUCCACGGCCCUGCCCGCGUAUGAACGCUGCCGCUCCAUGGCCCUGCCUGCUUACAAAUGCCACCGCUUCCACGGCCCUGCCCGCGUAUGAACGCUGCCGCUCCAUGGCCCUGCCUGCUUACAAAUGCCACCGCUUCCACGGCCCUGCCCGCGUAUGAACGCUGCCGCUCCAUGGCCCUGCCUGCUUACAAAUGCCACCGCUUCCACGGCCCUGCCCGCGUAUGAACGCUGCCGCUCCAUGGCCCUGCCUGCUUACAAAUGCCACCGCUUCCACGGCCCUGCCCGCGUAUGAACGCUGCCGCUCCAUGGCCCUGCCUGCUUACAAAUGCCACCGCUUCCACGGCCCUGCCCGCGUAUGAACGCUGCCGCUCCAUGGCCCUGCCUGCUUACAAAUGCCACCGCUUCCACGGCCCUGCCCGCGUAUGAACGCUGCCGCUCCAUGGCCCUGCCUGCUUACAAAUGCCACCGCUUCCACGGCCCUGCCCGCGUAUGAACGCUGCCGCUCCAUGGCCCUGCCUGCUUACAAAUGCCACCGCUUCCACGGCCCUGCCCGCGUAUGAACGCUGCCGCUCCAUGGCCCUGCCUGCUUACAAAUGCCACCGCUUCCACGGCCCUGCCCGCGUAUGAACGCUGCCGCUCCACGGCCCUGCCCACGUACAAACGCUGCCGCUCCACGGCCCUUCCUGCAUACAAAUGCCACCGCCUCCACGGCCCUGCCUGCUUACAAAUGCCACCGCUUCCACGGCCCUGCGCGCUUACAAAUGCCACCGCCUCCGCGGCCCUGCCCGCUUACAAAUGCCUCCGCCUCCACGGCCCUGCCCGGUUACAAAUGUCACUGCCUCCACGGCCCUGCCCGGUU